AUGGGCGACCUGGAGCUGCUGCUGCCUGGACAGGCUGAAGUACUGGUUCGGGGUCUGCGCAACUUCCCAGUGCGCGAGAUGGGCUCCGGAGGGUGGAACCAGCAGCAUGAGAACCUGGAGAAGCUGAACAUGCAGGCUAUACUGGAUGCCACGGCCAGCCAGGGUGAGCCCAUCCAGGAGCUUCUGGUCACCCACAGGAAGAUCCCAACACUGGUGGAGGAGCUGAUCGCAGUGGAGAUGUGGAAGCAGAAGGUGUUCCCCGUGCUUUGCAGGCUAGAAGACUUCAAGCCCCCAAACACCUUCCCUAUAUAUAUGGUGGUGCACCACGAGGCUUCGGUCAUUAACCUCCUGGAGACUGUGUUCUUCCACAAGGAGGUGUGUGAGUCAGCAGAGGAUACCAUCUUGGAUUUGGUGGACUACUGUCACCGCAAACUGACUCUGCUGGUGGCCCGGAGUAGCCGUAAUGGCCACCCUGAGGAGGAAUGGCCCCAGGACAGCACCCCCAUGCAGGAGCUGCAGAAGCAGGCAGAGCUAAUGGAAUUUGAGAUUGCACUGAAGGCCCUCUCAGUACUGCGCUACAUCACAGACUGUGUGGACAGUCUUUCCCUAAGCACUUUGAGUCGCAUGCUCAGCACCCACAAUUUGCCUUGCCUCCUGGUGGAACUUUUGGAGCACAGUGUCUGGAGCCGGCGGGAAGGAGGCAAGCUACAGAGAUUUGAGGGUGGCCGUUGGCAGACUGUGGCCCCCUCAGAACAGCAAAAGCUAAGCAAGCUGGAUGGGCAGGUGUGGAUUGCCCUGUACAACCUGUUGCUAAGCCCUGAGGCCCGAGCACGCUACUGCCUCACAAGUUUUGCCAAGGGUCAGCUGCUCAAGCUUCGGGCCUUCCUCACAGACACAUUGCUUGAUCAGUUGCCCAGCCUGACAGACCUGCAGAAUUUCCUAGCCCAUCUGGCCUUAGCUGAAACUCAGACCCCAAAGAAGGACCUGGUGUUGGAACAGAUCCCCGAAAUCUGGGAGCGGCUGGAGCAAGAGAACAGAGGCAAAUGGCAGGCUAUUGCCAAGCAUCAGCUGCGACACGUGUUCAGCCCCUCAGAGCAGGACCUUCGAAUGCAGGCACGGAGGUGGGCUGAGACCUAUAGGCUGGAUGUACUAGAGGCAGUGGCUCCAGAGCGGCCUCACUGUGCCUAUUGCAAUGCCGAGGCCUCCAAGCGCUGUUCCCGGUGCCAGAAUGAAUGGUAUUGUUGCAGGGAGUGCCAAGUCAAGCACUGGGAGAAACAUGGAAAGGCAUGUGUCCUGACAGCCCAGGGUGACAAAGCCAAGUGA